AGUGCCACGUACCAGGGUCGCGAGACAGGACCAGAAAGAGGAGAUUUUUGGCAUUUUUUAGCUUUAGGUUGAACAGAAUCUAGUGAACCUAGACUUCACUUUAUUGAUUAGAAACAUUUUAUAGAGGACAGCAUCAUGUUCAGCUGGGUCAAUAAGGAACAGGGUGGAAGGAGCAAAGAAGGCGAUGUGUUUCAAACGGUCACAGAAGGCCUUCAGAGUCUUUAUAAUAAAAAAUUACUGCCAUUGGAAGAAACCUAUCUUUUCCACGAUUUCCACUCGCCAGCACUGGAAGAAGCAGAUUUUCAAAGCAAACCGAUGGUUCUUCUGGUGGGACAAUAUUCGACAGGGAAGACCACUUUUAUAAGGUAUCUUCUGGAGCAGGAUUUUCCAGGUAUGCGCAUUGGCCCAGAGCCAACGACGGACGGCUUCAUCGCUGUGAUGUAUGGGGAGAAUGAGGGAGUGGUCCCCGGUAACGCCCUGGUUGUGGACCCCAAAAAACCCUUCCGCAAGCUCAAUGCCUUUGGAAAUGCCUUCCUGAACAGGUUCAUCUGUUCUCAGAUGCCCAACCAGGUCCUACAGAGUAUCAGCAUCAUCGACACGCCUGGGAUCCUGUCUGGGGAGAAGCAGCGCAUUAGUAGAGGUUAUGACUUCUCGGAGGUUCUGCGCUGGUUUGGAGAACGAGUGGACCGCAUCAUCCUCCUUUUCGAUGCUCACAAGUUAGACAUAUCGGACGAGUUCUCUGAGGCUAUUAAGGCGUUCCGGGGACAGGACGACAAGAUCCGCGUGGUACUGAACAAAGCGGACCAGGUGGACACCCAACAGCUGAUGCGGGUCUACGGCGCCCUCAUGUGGUCGCUAGGAAAGGUCAUAAACACUCCAGAGGUCGUCAGGGUCUACCUGGGGUCGUUCUGGGCCAAGCCGCUUCAGAACACCGACAACCGGCGCUUGUUCGAGGCCGAGACGCAAGACCUUUUCCGAGACAUCCAGAGUCUGCCACGGAACGCCGCCUUGCGCAAACUCAAUGACCUCAUCAAAAGAGCUCGGCUUGCCAAGGUCCAUGCUUACAUUAUAAGCCACCUGAAGAAGGAAAUGCCCUCUCUGUUUGGGAAAGAAAAGAAAAAGGAGGAGCUGAUCGCUCGACUGCCUGAAAUUUACCUCAUGCUGCAGAGGGAGCACCACAUCUCCCCAGGAGAUUUCCCCAACGUCACCAAGAUGCAGGAGCAACUUCAGCACUAUGACUUCAGCAAAUUCCCCUCGCUCAAGAUGAAGCUGAUUGAAUCCGUGGACAAGAUGCUGUCCAAUAAGAUCGCGGGUCUUAUGACCAUGAUCCGAGAGGAAGAAAGUAAGCAGCCAACGCAGAUGGUGACCGGAGGUGCGUUCGAAGGCUCGGAGGACGGUCCGUUCGGCCACGGUUACGGAGAGGGAAUCAGCGCCGGAGUGGACGCAGAGGACUGGAUCGUGAGCCGCGAUAAACCGCGAUACGACGAGAUCUUCUACACCCUGAUGCCCAUCAACGGCAAGGUGACGGGGGUCAACGCCAAGAAGGAGAUGAUGAACUCGCGCCUGCCGAACACGGUGCUCGGAAAGAUCUGGAAGCUGGCCGACUGCGACAAGGACGGGAUGCUGGACGACGAGGAGUUUGCUUUGGCGCAGCAUCUGAUAAAGAUCAAGCUGGAAGGGUUCGAACUCCCCAGCGAACUGCCGCCCCACCUAGUGCCCCCCUCACACAGGAAGAACGUGACCGCCGAUAUCCUGUACAACCACCAGGAGGACUGAGGCACCGAGCGGUCUGCCGUCGCUCGGGGACCUGUCUGCGUCUCCUCCUUAAAAAACCCUAAAGAAACCCUGCGGUUUCCAAAUGAACUUAUUUAAGUUACUUCGAAAUAUAUUAUAACUGAUAGCUUUUCCUUUGACCAGGGCCCAAAACACACUCACAUGACACAUCUUAAACACGCCGUUAGGGCGAUUAGUGACUGUGCCGCUCAAAUACUCGUGUUUAGAUUCAUAUGUCUGUAUGAACAAGCGUUACAAUGCCUUUGGAGGCAUAGAAUUGUAGUUCCCCUAUUUGAAAUGCUACAUUUUUGUCUUUUAAUUUACAGUGGGCAGUUAUUCACAUUUGUAAGUCAUGUUCUCAGUGUAACAGAACCAUGUUAACCAGGGAGGCUAUGCCAGCCAUCUUUUCACACUGUGAGCUUUGUGGUAGUGUUAGCUUACAAUGCUUGGAGGAGAGUGCUGUUCUCUCAAGGUCCACCACUCUGAGGUAACCUGAUAUUUUGUGUGUCACAUAGCAACGAGCAGGAGACUCAAGGCAUUCGGUGGGACUCUAGGCGACAGAGUGUAGUACAACUGGGAAUCCAACCCCGGAAUCCCAAGUGUGUCGGCAAAACAUUUUGAAAACAAAAGUGUAAGGAUGGGUAUAGUCCUAGAGGUCGACACAGAUAUACUUCUUAUGCCGCGAGUUUGAUUUAUGUUUGAGGGAAUGUUUCACUGCCUAAAAUUAGAGCAUAAAUAUUUUUUUAUUAAAUAGGAAAAGACAUAUGCAUAAAUAUUUGGAUAUUUUAUUCAAAAGUGAACACCUAUAUAUGAUUUGAAGAUCGAUGUCAGGGCUUCAAAAGUACAGAAAUCAGAGAGUGUUAUCCUUUUUUUUCCUGUUUGUAAACCACGUAUGUUUAAUGGUCCGGAAUUAACAUUAUACCAGAGACUAAACACAAGGUUUCUGUGUUUAUUGUAUGAUUGGAGAAUAUUUCUUUUUUUUUUUUUAAUGUGUAUCAAAAUGCAUUUAAGGUUUUAAAGGCAAAAUGCAUGUUCAAAUGGUGGGCACGCGCCGUCACCCGUGUAAGAACGAGCACGUUUUUGGUUUGGGGCAUGGUAUGUAUUUUUGUAUGGAUUAUGCAUCAGAGAAUUGUGUGUUUACCUGUAGUCAUAGUGUGGCACCACCUGUAAUCAAUUAUGUCAGUACUGUACAUUUCAAUUGUGCAAUAUUUAUCUGUUCUGCGUUUCGUGAAGAAAGCAUUCCAUUUCAUCGAGCUCUUGAUAUAUAGCCAGCUCUUCCGGAGUAAAUUUAGAUCGAGAAAUCGUUUCUCAGUCAUCAUGGCUUUAGUCAGAAAAACCACAGAGGAGGAACUAGGAGUUCUCUCAAUCAGAAUGAUGAAUUCAUCCUGUGUGGUGAUUUUUU